UAUUAAUAAGCCCCGUUACUUUUUGAAAUUAUGAACAACAAGGAACUGCAACAUCAUGUCCAAUUUAUCAAUAGAGUUAAGAAAAAGGUCCUAAAAGAAAGGAAGAGUCGGGUGAUCGACCCAAAACUAGCUCAGUUUAGCCCUCUCUUAAGCAUGCGUAAUUCCAUGGAGUUCUUGGAUAGCCCUAUUGCAGACCAGAGUAGGUUUAGUUUAAACAGGACAAGCCAUGAUAUUGAUCCGUUAAAAUCUGAGUUAAAAAUAUUUGGAAUGAAGAGAUCUGACUAUGUAGCACAUUUGUUCAAGAAUAAGAACAUUAAGAGAUUUAUAAAUUAUUCAAACUUCAAGAAGAAUGAUCACGAGUUUGAUUUUGAAAGGUUUAAGGAUAAAAGAAAGUUUAUAUAAGAGAGCCUAAAUUCAAACUCCCUAUUAUUAAUGGAAAGUAAGAUAUGACCCUAAAAAGCUAGAAUUAAUUAUUUGAAGAGAAGAAAUCGCAGGAAAUUAAAUUUUUCAUUUGAUUUCAGAAAAAUUCAAGACUCCAAGAAUGAGGUGACCUAUCUUCCUUUGAAAGAUACCAAUUCCUCCAUCGAAGAUCUAAUCAAUCCUGAUUCUCAAUCAGGCAUCCGUAACAUAGAAAUUACCAAGAGAGCUAUUAAGCCCUUGAAGAUUGUGAAUUAUAGAAGUAGGAAAUAAUUC